AUCAGUUGAAGCUGAAACCCCAUAGCGAACGGUUGUUGUUGAUUCGCGUGUCGUACCUUUUGACUGAUCUAAGCGAUAUUGUUAUUGCUUUAACUAAAACCGAAAUUACAUGCAACAACACAAUUGUGUGUGGCAGCUGGAGACAGACUUACAGACACAACAACACAGUAGCCUAAUAACAAUAACAACAACAAAAAUAUCAAAAUUAUAUACGAGUGUGUGUGUGCUUAAGUGCUGUGCUAUUGUUUGAGGCAACAACUCUGCUACUGUUGCUGUUGCUGUUGCAACUGCAAAGCGCCCGCCCGCUACUUGAGGCAGCCGCGUAUUAGGCAACCCCACAUGCAACAACAUACAAAAACACAAAAACUCUAGUUACGUUUUAUAGGCCAAUUCAUGCAAAUUUAAUACACACUCUCGACUCUCUUUAACGGUUUCUUGGCGUGGCACCAACCAGACAAUAAGGAAAAAACAUUAAGCCGCAUGUAAUUGGCGGUGUGUUGCAGCUGCGGCUAAUGGAAAAGCGAUUAAUCGCUUUAGUCUAACGACUCGUAAAAUCGCACGCGUUUUUUUAAGUCGCAAGCGCGCGCGCGCGUUUUAUUUACACGCCAAGUCUCGAGGAGAUUGCAAUUGCGGUUUUCACCUUGUACGGGAAGAGAGAGAGAGACCAAUACUAAGCGGCUGUGAAAAGGUCAAAACAAAUACGUACAUAACAAUAAUAACAAACAAACAAACGGGCAGCAAGCGACGAAAGUGACGGGCGGCAACAACAAUACUUUAGCAACAAUCGUUAGCAACAACAUUCAACGUUAGCAACAUGUUGCCCAGGAUCACCGUUGUGCUCAUCGUGUUUUGUGGAUAUUUACUGUUUACUGAUUGCAGCGAAACGGUUCGAUCGAAGCGAGCGAAAAGACCACGUGCGCCAGAACCCGUUAACUUUGAGCCGGAACCGCAGCAGGAUCUGGAGAAUGAGGAGAGCGGCAGCCAGGAGAAGGAUGUACCGGAAAUACCCGAUAAUUUUUUGAGUCCUUCGGUACGCGAAUAUCUGGAGCUGGGCAAGUCCAUACCCGGUCGACCCGGCGUUGAUUAUCCCAUACUCUCGGCUGUUCCCUACACAAACUUCUACUGCGACGAACAGGCCUAUCCCGGUUUCUUUGCGGACAUGGAAACGCGCUGUCAGGGUUGGCACUAUUGCGACAUUGAUGGACGUCAGGCUUCGUUUCUUUGCCCCAAUGGCACACAGUUCUCUCAGGCGGUCUUUGUCUGUGACUGGUGGUUCAAUGUGCGCUGCGAUCUCUCUCCCCGGCUGUAUGCAAUCAAUGCUCGUCUCUAUCAGCGCCCAAAGGUGAAUCCGACGCGACCACAUCGCAUCAUCACCAAGCAGCUGGUUGAGGAUAUAUUCACCUAAAUAGACUUACGUAAAUAGUUUUGCAACGACUAUUAGCUGAUAGGGUUUCUAUUGCCAUAGGCAUAUGUACACAUUUUGAAUAAGAAUUAGUUUACAUUUUCUGAAAGAUUUGCAUUACAUUUAAGUUAACAAACAUGGCAGAUAACAUUUAGAAAAACAUCGAUAUGAUUAUUGCGGAAAAUCCAUUGUAGUAUUUUCAUUUUGUGCUAAUUUUUCUUGUGCAUGCAUUUUCGUGAACUAUUUUCAUAAAGCUAUUUGUAAGUUGCUGUAAAAUGUAAAAUCUGUAUAUACGCAUAGAUCAAAUAAUUAAAAUAAAAACUAUUGCU